GUUGAAACCGUGACUCAGGGUUGAGCGCAGAUCGCGGGCUUUUGGGGGCGUAAACGGAUUCUUGCGUUUUUAGGAAAGUUUUCAGAAAAGUGACAGAAGUUUCUCAGCUUCAGUUUCUGCUGCGUCAUCACGGAGAGGGCCAGCCGCAGCGUUGGGACGAUUUAUUGAAAUAACCGUCUAAAAACUGAUUUGUUAAUGUAGGCUAUUUGUUCAUCAAAAUGGCGACGAAGUUUCUAUUUUCUGUCAUGUUUUUGUGCUUAACAGGGUUCUCCGAUGCGCAGGUUUGCGGCCGCCGUCCGGCGCUGAACGACAGGAUCGUGGGAGGCGUGGGCGCCUUCAGGGGGGCUUGGCCUUGGCAGAUCGACAUCCAGAAAGGCAAAACACAUGUCUGUGGCGGAUCCCUCAUCGCGGAGGACUGGGUGCUUUCAGCUGCACAUUGCUUCCCGGAUCCAUCCGAUAUGUCCUCUUACACUCUGUACAUCGGACGGCACCAGCUGGACGGGAACAACCCGCAGGAAGUGGCCCGUUCUGUGAAGCGCAUCGUGAUUCCACCUGCCUACGAAGACUCCAAACGGGGCAAAGACAUCGCUCUCCUGCAGCUGUCCAGCUCCGUGUCCUGGAACAACUUCAUCCAGCCUGUGUGUUUGCCUGCGCUGGGAACGUUGUUUCCCGCCGGGAUGAGCUGCUACGUCACAGGCUGGGGAAACGUCAGGGAAGACGUGCCUCUGUCAGGAAUCGGGACUCUGCAGGAAGUGCAGGUGCCAAUCAUCUCCCAGACUUCCUGUCAGAAAAUGUACCAAACGAAUCCGACGGAGCAGGUGGACAUUCUGUACGACAUGAUCUGUGCAGGAUACCAGCAGGGCGGCAGAGACUCCUGCCAGGGCGACUCAGGGGGGCCCCUGGUCUGCGACAUGGUGAAUGGCACCUGGGUGCAGGCGGGAGUGGUGAGCUUUGGACUUGGUUGUGCGGAUGAGAACCGGCCGGGUGUUUACACCAGGCUGACCAGCUACUCCGAGUUCAUCCGCUCCACAAUACCAGAGAUCCAGCUGUACGGAGGAGCGCGGCGGACUGCGUGUGAGUGGGUCGUUGUGUUGGCCAGCAGUCUGUCCAUAUUCCUGAUGCUAACUUCAAGAUAAAACUGUUUUUUUUAUGUUUGUGUUGGAACAAGAAACCCAAUAUGAAUGAAGGAGUUAUACAUUGUUUCUGACAGUUUUAAUCAAAUUUGUAAUUCUUUUUUCCUGUCUGCACAUUAAGCCAUAUGGAACUUUGUAGCCUGAUCUUGUUUUUAAUUAAAUUUGAUUAGAUUUUAAAUACGAAUGAGAAGUUUUAUUUGGAAUUAAAGAAAAAGUUUGAUUAAGA